CUGUCUGUCACAACUGUACCAAGCGGCGUUCAAAGUGUUUUAUUGUGUUACGAACUUAUUAAUAAUAGUUUUAUAACUAAAUCCACAAUGUCCGAUAGCAGAGAAGGAGAUAAGAAGACAUAUGACAGCAGGCUGAGGCCAGCGAUCCGGAGUCAUCAACGCACGCCGUCAGGUUCGAGGGACUUCAAGGAGGCGACGAAGCGCGAUGCUCUUGCCAGGGUUGAGGUGGAAUUGGAACGGCUGGUGGCCACCGUGCCGGAGACCAGGCGGCCACAGAUGCUCAAAGAGUUCCAAGGCUUCAAGAACUUGUUUAGCAGAUUUCUGGCAGAACAGGGACCUUCCGUAACAUGGGAGAAGAUCGAGAAGCUUCCAGAAGGUGCUGUAAUUGACUACGCGAGUCUGGAGACGCCGACUACAGACAACGUACACCAUAUGCUUGACAAGCUGGUUGUGGUCAAACUGAACGGUGGUCUCGGCACCUCAAUGGGUUGUAAAGGUCCAAAGUCCGUCAUACAAGUGAGGAACGAGCUCACAUUCUUGGAUCUCACAGUACAGCAAAUAGAGCAUUUAAACAAGACAUACAAAUGCAAUGUGCCCCUCGUGCUGAUGAACUCGUUCAACACGGACGAGGACACGCAGAAGGUCAUCAGGAAGUACAAGGGGUUGAAGCUGGACAUCCACACCUUCAACCAGUCCUGCCAUCCCAGGAUCAAUCGGGAGUCGCUGCUGCCCGUCGCCAAGGAGGGAAAUGUUCACUCUGAUAUUGAAGCAUGGUAUCCCCCCGGUCACGGAGACUUCUACGAGUCCUUCCACAACUCUGGUCUUCUGCAGAAGUUCAUUAAAGAAGGCAGGACGUACUGUUUCAUCAGCAACAUCGACAACCUUGGAGCUACCGUCGACCUGAACAUCCUCAGCCUACUCCUCCAUCCAGAUCCUCAGAAACCGAUAUCCGAGUUCGUCAUGGAAGUCACAGAUAAGACCAGAGCUGAUGUCAAAGGUGGAACUCUAAUCCAAUAUGAAGAUAAACUGAGGCUUCUCGAAAUCGCUCAAGUCCCGAAAGAACAUGUCGACGAUUUUAAAUCAGUCAGUCAGUUCAAAUUCUUCAACACCAAUAAUUUAUGGGCGAAAUUAGAUGCUAUCCAAAGGGUGGUAGACCAAGGGUCUUUGAACAUGGAGAUAAUAGUUAACAACAAGCAUUUAGGUGAUGGUCUGAAUGUGAUACAGUUGGAGACGGCAGUUGGUGCUGCGAUGAAGUGCUUCGAAGGUGGUAUCGGAGUCAACGUCCCCAGGAGUCGUUUCCUUCCAGUCAAAAAGACGUCAGAUCUUCUUCUCGUCAUGUCUAACCUUUAUAGUCUUUCGCAUGGCUCUUUAGUGAUGUCUCCACAAAGGAUGUUCCCGUCUACUCCGUUGGUGAAGCUGGGUGACAAUCAUUUCGCGAAGGUCAAGGAAUUCCUGAAUAGAUUCGCUACGAUCCCAGAUUUGAUCGAAUUAGAUCAUUUGACUGUGUCUGGUGAUGUCACCUUCGGAAGAGGAGUAUCCCUCAAGGGUACGGUAAUAAUAAUAGCUAACCACGGGGACAGGAUCGACAUACCGUCGGGCGCGGUGUUAGAGAAUAAAAUAGUGUCAGGCAAUCUACGUAUCCUAGACCAUUAGGAGCUUUCAUAUAGUCGAGGACUUUUAUUUCCUACCCUGUUUAAUAACAAACGUAAUGAAAUAAGUUCAAAAACUUGUCGUUGCUAAAUUGUAGCUUAUAUGUCUAAAGUUUGAUGUUCAUCUUAGUACAAUAGUACGUUUAAAAAUGUACUUUAUUGCGAUAGCUUUAAGGUGUAUUAUUGCAUGUAUAGGGGUUUCUUAGUUUUAGCUUCGUGUAGAUUCUAUUUUACUUUUUUUUUUUAAAUUGAAUCCAAGAAAAUGGCUGUCUUGUGAUUUAGAAAAUAGUUUUAUGUCGUAUGUUUAUUUAUCGUUUUUUUUAUUAUUUUAUUAAU